CCAUUCUUUUCUUCUUCACUUUCUGCCUUCUACUCAUCAUCCCACCACUUCUGCGAAUAAUAUCCUGCAAUCGAGACAUACAGAAACAACAAUGGCAACGAAACACUUUUUUCCUUCCACAGACCACCUCGUCGUCCGCGGUCUCGAAUCCCUCGUAGCCAAAAACCCACACCUCUCCCUCGAUCCCGCGAACAAAGUCGUCUUUCUACCCUCCCACUCUUCCCAAAAGGUCUCUGUGAUAUCCGGCGGCGGCGCAGGUCACGAACCAGCAUGGUGCGGCUAUGUAGGUUCUGGCCUGCUUUCCGCCGCAGUCUCUGGCGAGGUCUUUGCUUCACCGAGCACGAAACAGAUCAUGGCUGCUGUGGAAAAGGUGCCGAGUGACAAGGGUGUUAUUCUGUGUAUAACGAAUUACACGGGAGACAAUCUGCACUUUGGUUUAGCGCGGGAGAAGGUGGCGGGUUCAGGCAGGAAAGUGGGUAUGUUGAGGAUGACGGAUGAUGUUGGAUUAGGAAGGGAAAAGACGAGAAAACUGGGUAGGAGAGGAUUGGCCGGGAAUAUGUUUGUCCUGAAACUCUGCGGUGCUGCUGCAGAAGAGGACUAUGAUUUUGAUACUUGCUUCGCGAUUGGCGAGAGUGUGAAUGGGCAUUGUGUUACUAUUGGGUCGUCGUUGGAUUAUUGUCAUAUCCCUGGACGCACGCAUCACGAAUCUCUACCUGCAAACACACUUUCUGUCGCUCAAGGCAUUCACAAUGAAGCGGGCCUUCACGAGAAGGAAAUCCCUCCACCCGACGAGCUGAUCCAGGAAUUGUUACGCUACCUGCUGGACGAGAACGACAAAGAUCGCGCCUUCGUCAAGUUCACACCAGAGGACGAGGUAGCCCUGCUCAUCAACAACUUCGGCGGCCUGUCCAAUCUUGAACUCGAAGCCUUGACAUCAUUGACAAUCAGCCACCUCAAGUCCGACUGGAACAUAUCGCCAAGCAGAGUGUAUGCACAACCAUUCGAGACAUCGCUCAAUGCUCCAGGCUUCAGCAUCUCAUUGCUGAACAUCAGCGGCGUGGCCAGAGAAACGAAGAUGGAGGAAGACACAUUGUAUGCGUUGCUGGACAGAGACACGAAUGCACCUGCUUGGCCGAAGGACUCGUACGGUCAAGUUAGAGUUGACAGCCCGACACAGACACGAGCUUCGCUUGCACACCACGAGACCGUUUCUUCCGGACCCAAGCUUGAUGUAGCCACUCUCGAAGGAGCACUCAGAAGUGCAUGCGAAGCAGCAGUGGCAGCCGAGCCCGACAUUACAAAAUGGGACAUCGUCAUGGGCGACGGCGAUUGCGGAGAAGCAGUCGAGGGCAUGUGCAAGGGCGUCCUCUCACAACUCUCGUCGGGUUUGGUCUCGCGACACAACGGCGCGUUGUUGCCAAUUCUGGACGAGAUCGAAAGCGGUAUUGAGGAGAUUGGAGGAACCCUCGGUGCCAUUAUCAGCAUCCUGCUCGCUUCUUGGACUUCAGACCUCAAGAAUACGUAUCGAGCCAACUCUUCUCUCAAGUUCGACGAGCAUGUUGCUGGACGUAGUGCUGGACAAGCGCUGAAGAACUUGCAGACGUACACACCGGCGCGUGUGGGCGGGCGAACAGUCAUGGAUACACUGAUCCCCUUUUGCGAGACUUUGUCGGAACAGGGCGAUUUGAAGGCGGCAGUGACGGAAGCGGUCAAGGGUGCGGACAAGACUGAGGGUAUGCCUGCAGUCUACGGUAGGGCGACGUACGUUGGCGACAAGAUCAGCGAGAAGGAUGUACCGAGAGAUCCCGGAGCGUAUGCGGCUUCGGUCUUUUUGCAAGGACUCUGGGACGGACUGAAGGACAAGCUGUGA